UCACCGGGCCCGCCACCUGUUGGCAAAUAUGCGCGUCCCGUCGAGAAUGCGCGUGUGACCGUGCGAGACGCGAGUACGGCGCUCGCGGGUGCAUGCGCUUGUGCGUGUGCGUGUGUUCGUCGUCACAUCUCCGCAGCAUCGCUCUCGCACACUGCCGCGGACAAUCGAAACGGAUAACGUCGGACAACGGGCCGAUCGCGUACAAUAAUUUGUUAUACUCUCCGAGCCGUUCGGUUGAUAAAAAGUAAAAACGUACGACGGUAAAACAACAGCGUCGGCGCCGAGCUGGUGCAGUGUUAAUAUCUUUCAACGGUAUAAUAUUAUUAUCAUCGCGGUCUUUGUUUUGCCAUCCGCGUUUUCGCGGGUACCACACGUAAGUGGCGCAGCCGGUCGUCGACCAUCACGUCCGCCGUCGUCGUCCCCGCGACGAUAACGAACAGUAUCAACACGUAUUGACGUCGCGUCGAAUCGGCGCAAAAACUUCCGCCCGGUCGCGUCUGUGUGUCGUUUCUCGCGACGAUACGUCCGCCCGACUCGGGGUGUCAUGACUUAGACACGCGCGACGUCCGUUAAAGUCUCCGGUCGUCGUCACGACCGCGACGACGACGGACCGAAACAUGAUCGCGCGACCGUCGUCACAUGGCCCAGUAUGAGUUCCUGCCGCUGUGCGACGUCCUGUUCAACAUCAUCUCGCUGGCCGCGUACUUCUGCGACAUCGUGUUCGACGUGGUCAUGGGCUACGCGCUCUACUCGCACGGCCGCUACGUGCCGUUCGUCCUAACCAUGUUGUUCGUCGGGGCGUCGGCCACCGUCGAGCAGACCAUGUCGCUGCGCUGGUACCUGGCCGCGCGAGCCGUCAGCGACAAGUCCACGCUGGCCGACCGGCUGAAACGGUCGGCCGUGCAGGCGUUGCACUUCGUCCAGCUGGGCGUCCUGUGGAGGUACUUCAAGCUGUUCCUGCCCGUCGACCUGCGGUACGUCAAGUUCGAGGUGCGCGACCUGUGCAUGCUGCGCCUGUUGCACGCGUUCUGCGAGUCGAUGCCGCUGCUGCUGUUGCAGUCCUACCUGCUGUGGACGGACGGCGGCGGCGACCGCAAACAUCUGCGCGACCUCAACAAGGUGGCCGUCGCGCUGUCCACCGUCAGCGUGUGCUGGGCCCUGGCGUCGUUCGGCAAGAAUGUUCGCAUGCAGAACGUCCACAGGCUAGUCCUCACAUGGCUCGGAGUCAUAUUUCAGUUCCUGUGGCGUUUGGGCACCGUUGGGGCCAGAGUCAUUUCGUUGACCGCCUACGCCGCUAUGUACAAAUAUUGGGUGCUGUUGGUACUUGGUCUGCAUUGGUUGUCUAUGCUGUUGUGGUUACAUUCGCCUAAGAACGUGUUUCACGGUGAACGCAUGUCUCCUAAGCGUAAAGCUUUUUUGUUCGCACUCUUAGCUUUCGUGUUCACGUUUGAAUAUGUUAACCUGCUGGAGAACAAUCAUCGAGAAAAAAUGCUGAUGUUUUAUGUGGUGAUGGCGUUAGAAAACGCUCUUCUCAUGUUUGUAUGGAGCAUUGGCAGUGGUGAUGCAGUCAAACCAUUUAUUGUUCUUGGGCUGUUCCUUUGUGGUCUUGUGUUCAUGGCAAUUUAUUAUCAGUUUUUCCAUGUAAGAAGACUGAAAUAUGAAUCUGGAGGCAGACUGAGCAAUGCUACAAAUAGUAACAACUCAACAGCUAAGUUAGCAUUAGAAGCCAAGUAUAAAGAUCAGUUAAAUGUGCCUAAUGGCAAGACUGAUCUCAUAAGAAGGCACAGCUUCAGUAGUGUUUAUGAGAACAUACCACCAGGCGGCUACCACAAUCAAGCUAUUGCUAGUGAACCACCUCCGACCUUACAAAGAAAUCAGAGGUAUUACAGCGCAUUACCAGCAAGUGUACAUAAUGGUAUUCCAGGCGUUUUCAACUGUCGUUUCACCAACCCAUAUGUGGCGGCUAUGCAAAAGCGCAAGAAAAAGAAGCCAACUACGUUUGUACCCCCACCAUCUGGCACAAGUGGCCGAGAUAGUGUUGCGUUUUGGUGCAAACCGCCGCCAUCUAACCAUAGCCAACAGGGUUCCAGUGAAAACGAGAGUGCCAGCUCUCAUGUUGAUAUCCGACAGAAAUUACAAGAAAAAAGACAAAAUCAGCUAGCUGAACUCCGAGCUAUUGAAGAGGAGAUUAGGCAAGGCAAGCUAAAGGAACCGACAGAAAAUGGAGAAGUACUUUUGUCUCCUCAGGGAUAUCUGCAACAACAAAAUUGGAUCGCUCCACCUUAUAGCGCUCAAGAUAACAAUGCUCAAUCAAACGACCAAGUGUUCACAUUGAUGUACAAAUCUUACAAAUCGCCAUCAGAUUUAGACUCUCAAAUAUCACUGCCACGUUCAUAUACACUGCCUAGAGAAUUUAAAUUCUAUAGAAAAGUAAGGCCCAGAAAAACUAUACGUUCCGAUCACUUCGUUGCAUCCACAAAUUCAAGUGAUGGAGAUGUGGACUCUGGUGAUGAUGAGUCAGACACCUCGCAGCCGAAUUUAUCACCACGGCCCUUACGACUACCUGAUCGUAAUGCUCUCACCACUCGACACGAAACCAAACUAUAAGCCUUGUUGAUUAAAAAUUAAGUGAAAUUAAUAGUUUUUUUUUUUUUUUAUCAGGUAUAUUAAAAUACAUGAAAUAUUUUGUAAAUA